GAUCCUCAGACCCCGCGGCACGAUCGAGCGUCUUUUUCUGAUCGCCCUCUUCAGAGGCACAUUGCUAUAUUAUGUGACCCCUCCCUCUGUCCGGCGCUCUGGAAGUCCGCGGCACCUGAUUCUUGUUCAAUUCAUUUCUCCCAGUUCGACUGGACCCCAAUAAAUAACCUGACUUUACAAUUGCCUUCCAGGCAGGAUCAUAGAUCACCAUUGGCUGGAUCUAUUGUUUGCGCUGUCACUUGUGCUCAGCAUGGCAGAUCCCGCCCCCAACCCAAACAGCCUCGAAGCCCACAUGGAGAGCAAAGGAAACGCCAUGGAGCUGGACGAUAUCCAUGACCUUCCCUUGAAGGAUGAAGCAGCUGUCAAUGAGGCGGCCAUGGACGCUGAACUCGCGCAACUGGAGCAACAGUUGCAGGGCCACAGGCGAUCCAGGUUGCAGUUUGACUUCUCGCCGAGAUUCUUCUCUUGGAUGCUGGUGUUUUUCGCAUCCAUGGGAGGUCUACUCUCGGGUCUCGAUCAGUCGCUCAUCAGUGGUGCCAACCUAUAUUUGCCGAAAGAUUUGCAUCUCUCGGACUCGAGAGCCAGUUUGGUCAAUUCUGGCAUGCCGCUUGGUGCAGUUUUGGGCGCAUUGAUUCUGUCGCCUGCGAAUGAGUAUCUCGGUCGUCGAAUGGCCAUUAUCGUCUCCGUCAUCCUCUACACAAUUGGUGCAGCAUUAGAGGCUGGCGCUAUCGACUUUGGCAUGAUAUUUGCUGGCCGCUUCAUUCUAGGUACCGGCGUUGGCCUUGAAGGGGGCACUGUGCCUGUCUACGUCGCAGAAUGUGUGGACAGCAAAAAGCGCGGAGGCUUGGUAUCUCUCUACCAGAUGAACAUUGCUCUGGGAGAAGUAUUCGGCUAUGUGGUCGCAGCCAUAUUUGUCAACGUGGAGGGCAAUUGGCGAUAUAUCCUCGGAUCCUCUCUAGUGUUCUCAACCAUACUCUUCGUCGGCAUGAUCUUCCUCCCUGAAAGCCCCCGAUAUCUGAUGCACAAGGGAAAGACAGUCGAAGCCUAUGGUGUCUGGAAACGCAUUCGAGGCUUCUCUACCCUCGAAUCCAAAGAGGAAUUUCUCGGCAUGAUCCAGGCUGUCGGCUCUGAGAACCAACAACACGUGACCAAGAACAGAUAUGCCUGGAUGGACUUCUUUACUGAACCUCGCGCACGAAGAGCUAUUAUUUAUGCGAAUCUGAUGACCUCAAUCGGCCAACUCACGGGCAUAAAUGCAGUUAUGUAUUAUAUGAGUGUUCUGAUGUCGAAGAUCGGAUUCAGUGACAAAGACUCCGUCUUCAUGUCUCUAGUUGGUGGAGGGGCCCUACUAUUGGGAACUAUCCCGGCUGUCCUAUUUAUGGACAGUCCGAGAUUCGGAAGACGCUACUGGGCCAACCUUAUGCUUCCAGGGUUCUUCAUUGGUCUGGUCCUUGUCGGCGUUGGCUACCAGAUUCCCAUCGAAACACACCCUGCGGCAGCUGAAGGCAUUUACUUAACUGGACUGAUCCUGUACAUGGGCUUCUUUGGCUGCUACGCAUGUCUCACAUGGGUCAUUCCGGCAGAGGUAUUUCCAACAUAUCUACGCAGUUAUGGCAUGACCACUUGCGAUGCCAACUUGUUUCUCUGUUCGUUCAUCGUGACAUAUAACUUCACGGCCAUGAUGAACUCGAUGACGCGGAUUGGUCUCACGCUUGGCUUUUACGGAGGUAUUGCUGUGCUUGCCUGGUUCUAUCAGAUCCUCUUCAUGCCAGAAACCAAGAACAAGACCCUUGAGGAGAUCGACGAACUCUUCUCGAAGCCUACAUCUGUGAUUGUGAAGCAGAACAUCAAAGGGACUGUGGAGGUGAUGAGAGACCUUGCGGCAUUUCGCUGGAAGAGAGUCUUCUUGCCUUCCUAAGCAGAUACGAAACAUUUUACGUUCUCAUGUUUGGUGAAUUGUUCUAGCUCCUCUCAACCCCAAACAUGUCCUGGCCAUGGGCAAUACUCACGGUUAUCAUGAGAUAUUGAAACAGCUCAAUAUUUAUCGAUGUGUUAGAUAAUUACGAAGGAAUGUAAAUCAUGAAUCGGAAUUGUUAUGAGUCAUCACAAAACUAGAGAAGCUCAUCAGCGCUACCACGACCCAGGAGGGCCUCAGCAUAUCAAGCAAAUAUAUGACGUACUCUGCGCUCUCCAAUUGUAGAAAUGCUUCUUGCGCUUGGGGAUGUCCGGUGCGUUUGUUUUCUUUCCCGAAAUCAGUGAGGCUAUUCUACUAUUCUCGAUGUUCAAGCGUUUAGGCUAUGUAUACACAGAAUUUCGAAAUAGAACUAAUUGUUAAAUGAUAUUGAUGAAUUUGUUUGC